AUGGCGCAUCGAGAUUUCAAUGACAAGAAAGGCUUCCGAGUCGCGGAGGAGGAAGUGGGAACCCCAGGCUCAGCUUUGACACCAUCAACAACCCACGAGACAAGAAGUUCUUACGAUCUCGAGACUUCUGAAAAUGCCGCCGAGUUACAAAAAGCACCUACCACGAGGAGCCGCCGGGACUCACACAUGGGCGAGGCCCUGGAGAACCUCUCGCGCAGCUAUUCUGUCAACGGAAAUGUCGAACACGAACUGGAAAACGUGUCUUCCCGCCGCAUGGAGCGCACUGGAACUCGCCGUUCGGCUAGGUAUCCUUCGCCAUCCCGAAUGCCCGACCUGGACGAAGAAAUCAAUGGUCCAGCCAACUUCAAGUCUCAAGGCGUGCCUCCUGAGCUUGGUAGUUUCACGGCGGAGGUAAUCUUCGUUCUGGUCUGCUCCGCUGGUCUUUUGCUGUAUUCUUUCUUCCUUGGCGAUAUCACGGUCAACCAAGAAGAAUGCAAGCGCGCGCUUGGUAUCAGCAACAGCGAGCUCCCUUGGCUGAUCGGCUCGUUCACUCUUCCGCUCAGUCUUUCGGUAGUGGUCUCCGGAUCGCUCAAUGACUUGAGUCCGCCCAGAACCCUCAUGAUUGGGGCAUUCGCUUGGCUGACCAUUUGGAACGUGGUGGGUGUAUUCUCAAUAACCCCCAGUAGGGCAAUUCUGUUUUAUAUGGUGCGUGCGAUGCAAGGCCUUGCUGUCGGCGUUCUCGUAUCUGGGUCAAUGAGCAUUCUCGGUCGUGUAUACACGCCAGGCCUUCGAAAGAACCGAGUAUUCUCUGCCAUGUCAGCAACGGCUCCGUUUGGUUUCUGGCUUGGUGGAAUCCAGGGUGGCGCGUUGAAGUCAUACCUUUAUUGGAUCUUUGGUUCCAAUGCCAUCAUCUGCGCACUUUGCCUCGUGGCCGCUUGGCUCACUAUGCCCUCGCUACGCCCAGUCGCUGAUGUUGCCGGUGGCGACGUGCCCACUAUUCGCGAAUUCGACUUCAUCGGAGCAACGGUUAUUGCGACCGGCUGUGUGUUGGUUCUUUUCGGACUCACCCAGGGCUCCGUGGUCAUGUGGGUACCCUACACAUAUGCCUUGGUCAUCGUUGGUAUUCUCCUGGUCAUUGCCUUCUUCUUUAUCGAGCGCUGGGUGAAGCGACCGCUUAUCCCAAAUGGACUCUGGAAAAUCAAAGGCUUCACGCCUCUGAUGAUCGCAUACUUCAUUGGAUACGGAGGCUUCCAGGGUGGGUGGCAGUUCUACGCAGUUCAAUUCUGGCUCCGGAUUCAGGAAAACAGUCCUCUCACGGUCGCUCUUUACCUUCUACCUAACGCCAUUGUGGGAGUGUUAGCGACCUGGGUUGUGAGCCGGACUUUGCACAUCAUCCCCGGACACUACAUCUACUUUACUGCAAUGGUUGCUUUUGCGAUGGGGCCUGUCUUUUUCCUUCCGCAAACCCCAAACACAUCAUACUGGCCACUCUCCUUUCCUGGGGUGGCACUCGUCACGUUCGGGCCAGACCUCUCUUUUGCAGCAGCGUCAAUUUAUAUCACUAGCAACGUGCCUCGAUCCUACCAGGGCAGUGCUGGGAGCUUGCUGGUCACAAUGCAAAAUCUGAGCUCAGCCGUGAUGACCGCCGUGGCAGAUGCAAUCGGCACAAAGGUAGACCAGGGACCGGAUGGCAAUAUUGGACUCAAAGGCAUCCAUGCCAUAUGGUGGUUCGCGCUUGCUUGUGAGGUUAUCGCGGCAUUGAUCACAUUGACGUGGGUCAGAAUCCCAAAGGAAGAGGAGAAGAAGGAGCAUGUGACCUGA